GCAAUUUUGUUUACCGUCUCAUCUCUGCGGCCAACCAAUUUCGCUGUAGCGAUUAAAUAUCAAAAAAAAAAAAAAAAUUUGUUAUUUUUGCGUUUGUGUGCUAAAAUCUUUUCAAAGAGUUUGAAGGAGUUGUUAAGCCAUGGCUGAGUCCGCUGCCAUGGACAUUUUGGACAGCCCGGAAGCCUCUUUGAGUGAGGCUGCGACAGCUAUUGUGGAGGAAGAAAAAAACGCGCAGCCACCGGCAACCGGCGAGAACUGCUCUGCAUCGCCAGAGAAAAUUGCAAAAAUGGAUGUGGAUACUGAAAUGAAGGAUCUGACUAUUGACAUUCCAAAAUCGAGCAAAGCGCUAGAGAAGGAUCCGGAGGCACUUGAGGAGGCCAAGGAUCUCGAAGCCGACAGUAGCUUCGAGUUGCUGAGUAGCCCCACACCGGCAGAGGCUUUGGCGCCAAGAACAGAGUCGGCCAACAGUGUAGAGCUCCUCGAGAGUCCCCUCAAGUCGCCUUCCUCAAACGACGUAAACGAGGAGGAGUUACUGCCCCUUGAAGAGGAUGAGGAGCAAAAACCAGGCGCCACCAAGAAGUCUGAGCUAAAGGAAAGUGAAACCGACAGCAAGGAGAGCAAGGAAAGUGACGCCUUGGCUGACAGCAGCAUUGAACUAAUCAGCAGUCCAACUUCAGAUGAUUCCCUUGCCAAGGAAAAGGAGGUGGUGCCGCCAGAGACUGCAUCAAAACCUGACGACAGUAUUAAAAUGGAUGAUGACACAGCCAUGGCAGAAGAUGUACCAGUGGCCAGCCCAAAAGCAGCCCAAGAAGCAAAGGACAACCAAAAGUCUUCCGAAGCUACAACUCAGUUGGAGUCGCCAGUUGAUUCCAAGGUGAAUGGAGUGCCAGUCGAGCCAAAAGUUAAACCAAAAGAUAAUGUCGACUCAAUGGAAAUCGACGAAUCUCCCAGUGACGCCCCCAAAGAAGCUCUCGCGGUUGUGCUAGAAAUUGGUAAUCCGCCAAAGAAAGACGAAGAGGAGGAGCCCAAAGGCGACUUUGCCUGGGACGGGGUGAUCUCCUACAACAAGGAUUGCAUUAACUGCAACUGCAAGCGGCGACACAAGCAGUAUGUGCUGGCAUGCGUGGCUAUCCUGAACUUCUACAAGGCUCCGAGGAAGUUGCAUAAGACGCAGUACAUAUGCAUGGGCUGCUACGACACAGCCGUGGACACCUAUGAGGAGUACGCCGGUCUUCUGUUGGCGAAGCAGCCGCUGUUGCUGAGGGAAUUCAAGCAGGAGCAGGCUGACUUUGUGACCCUGGACAGCAGCGACGAGGAGGAGGAUGAAAAGCCACCAGAAAAACCCGAGUUUUCCAAGAAUGUAUUGAAUCUAAUCGAGAACGAACUGGAAGAUGCCAUUAAGAAGACGCUAAAUAUGGUGGACUUUGAAAAGCAACUCAACUGGUCAAAGUCCAUCAUUGAAGCCAGAAUGGAGCGCUUGGGGCAGGAGUUCGAGGAGGUGGACCUGAAGCUGGCAAAGGUCCAAAGUUUGGCGGACAAGAUGCACUGCUCCGUAUACAACUCAUGCCAGGUGGUGCACAAGCAAUUGCCGCCCCUGGAUCUCCACCAGAAUAUCUGCACCAGUGAUUAUAAACGCCUGCAACACCUGCCUGCAGCUGGUGAAAUCGAACGGCCGCCGAUCGAGGUGGGGGAAACCUACUACGCCGUGAAGAACAAGGCCAUUGCCAGCUGGGUGUCUGUCAAUGUGGUGGAGAUCUGCGACACCACCACCGCCGGAGGUGUCACCGUGAAGGCCUAUAAGAUCAAGUAUCAGCACAUGCCCUAUCCGAUGAUGAAGACGGUGACGGCAAAGCACUUGGCCUACUUUGAUCCGCCGACAGUGCGUCUGGCCAUUGGCACCCGCGUGAUCGCCUUCUUUGACGGCACACUGGUGCGUGGCAAGGAGAAGGGCGUGGUGCAGAGCGCCUUCUAUCCGGGCAUCAUUGCCGAGCCCCUGAAGCAAAACAAUCGCUUUCGCUAUCUGAUAUUUUACGACGACGGCUACACCCAGUAUGUGCACCACAGCGAUGUGCGCCUGGUGUGCCAGGCAUCUGAAAAGGUGUGGGAGGAUGUGCACCCCGCCUCGCGCGAUUUCAUCCAGAAGUACGUGGAGAAGUACGCGGUGGACAGGCCCAUGGUGCAAUGCACCAAAGGACAGAGCAUGAACACCGAGUCCAACGGCACCUGGCUGUAUGCCCGCGUCAUUGAGGUCGACUGCAGCCUGGUGCUGAUGCAGUUCGAGGCCGACAAGAACCACACGGAGUGGAUAUAUCGCGGCUCGCUGCGCUUGGCCCCCGUCUUCAAGGAGACGCAGAAUUCCCUGAAUGCCGACAGUGCCAUCCACCAGAUGCGGGUCCCUAGACGCACUGAACCCUUCAUACGUUACACCAAGGAGAUGGAGUCGAGCAACAGACAGGUGGAUCAAAAGAUACGUGCCAUAGCCCGCAAAAGCACCGCGAAAUCAGGAUCGACAAGCUCAUCGUCUGCAUCCCCUUCAGCGGCAAUGGCAUCCGCCUCCGCUGUCCGUCACCUAAACAACUCCACCAUCUACGUGGACGACGACAUCCGUCCCAAGGGCCAGGUGGUGCACUUCACUGCCAAGCGGAAUCUGCCGACGAAGGAUUUUAAGACCCACAAAUGCAACCCGGGCUGUCUCUUCACGGUCGUGCAUCGUCUGGACAGCUACAGUCCGCUGUCCAAGCCACUGCUGUCGGGAUGGGAGCGCAUGAUUAUGAGGCAGAAGACCAAGCGAACAGUCAUCUAUCGCGGUCCGUGUGGCCGGACUAUGCGCAACAUGGCCGAAGUGCACCACUAUCUGCGGGUCACCAAUAAUAUCCUCAAUGUAGACAACUUCGACUUCACUCCAGACCUUUGUUGCCUGGCCGAGUACUACAUCGAAUCGACCAUCGUCAAGGAGGCGGACAUCUCCAAGGGGCAGGAGAAGAUGGCAAUUCCCCUGGUUAACUACUACGACAACACUCUUCCGCCGCCCUGCGAAUACGCCAAACAGCGCAUUCCGACCGAGGGCGUGAACCUGAAUCUCGACGAGGAGUUCCUUGUGUGCUGCGAUUGCGAGGAUGAUUGUUCGGACAAAUCGAAGUGCGCUUGCUGGCAGCUGACCGUGACCGGCGUCCGGUACUGCAAUCCCAAGAAGCCUCUUGAGGAGAUCGGCUACCAGUACAAGCGUCUGUACGAGGGCGUGCUGACGGGCAUCUACGAGUGCAACUCGCGCUGCAAGUGCAAGAAGAACUGUCUGAACCGUGUGGUCCAGCACUCGCUGGAGAUGAAGCUGCAGGUGUUCAAAACCUCGAACCGUGGCUGGGGUCUGCGCUGUGUCAACGACAUUCCCAAGGGCGCCUUCGUGUGCAUCUAUGCCGGCCACUUGCUGACUGAGGCGAAGGCCAAUGAGGGCGGCCAGGAUGCAGGGGACGAGUACUUUGCCGAUCUCGACUACAUUGAGGUGGCCGAGCAGCUGAAGGAGGGCUACGAAUCGGACGUGGAGCGCUCGGACCCGGACCCCGAAGACGACAGUUACGGCCCCGAUGCGGAAGACGACGAUGACUUCCGACCCAACAACUAUUACAUUAAGAAGAAGGACAGGCUGCGCUCCUCACGCAGCAACAGCAGCAGCACGCAGAACACCGAAUUGGACUCGCAAGAGCGGCAAGUAAUUAGCUUCAAUCCCAACACUGAUCUGGAUGAAACAGUGCGUGAAAACUCUGUGCGCCGCUUCUUUGGCAAAGACCAGACCCCCUUCAUCAUGGACGCCAAGACAACUGGCAAUUUGGGACGCUACUUCAAUCAUUCGUGCAACCCCAAUCUGUUUGUGCAGAAUGUCUUUGUGGAUACCCACGAUCUGCGCUUCCCCUGGGUCGGCUUCUUUGCCUCCUCGCACAUUCGCUCCGGCACCGAGCUGACCUGGAACUACAACUACGAAGUGGGCGUGGUCCCCAAUAAGGUUCUCUACUGCCAGUGCGGUGCCGCCAACUGUCGCGUUCGCUUGCUCUAAUUCUACAACACACAUAGUCAGAAGCCCC